UUGUCCACACUACAGUACCAUGUGUCCGGACAGAUAUGUGCAUGGUGCUGAUUUAAUUCAAUAAAAGCUUUUGUGUUUUAAUUUUUUAUUUUAACAUAAUAUAAAAUAUUUCAGCAGCAAAUGCUGAAGUUUUGGAUAUUCUAUUGUUUACUCUGCAAAUGAUUAUAGGUGGUAUAUGAGGUCAGGUAUUGCACACUUGAUGCCCCAAUUUUCAGCGUCAACAUUCUUGAAAUAGACAAUAAAAUAUUACCGUUUACGGAAGUUGAAAUAAAUUUUAUUAAUCAUAGAAGAAACAUGCAUGUUGAUAAUAAAGUGACUGAUAGAUUGAAAACCACUGAACAAAGAAAAAAAUCUAAAUUAAGCAUUUUCUGGGUCGUUCGGGUUUGGUGGUUGUCCGGUUUUGGUGGUCUCCAGUAUGUUGUUUGCUUAAACUUUGAAAAGACUGUACGUAGUCUGGAGUUCCUUUCCCUUACACUAUAUUCCGUUGAAAAUGAAGGUAUGAAACCAGGCUAGACAAUAUGAUGCUUUUAUGGUGGCGAUGAUUUGUUACUUUAAGGAUUUUAUAGUGCUAGUUUGAUAAACCAUUUUGUCUAAUGAUCCAAGCGUUUUGUGUUGAAGAAAUUUUGCAGAUACAUUAGAUUUAAUUUGAUGUUUAAAACUCCAGAUGAGCCGAACUAUUUCAAGAAAAUCAAUAUUGAGAAGAAUGUACUAAAAUUUUAAGAAAGAGUAUAGAAACAUUGGAAUUAAAAUAAGAAGAAAAGGGACAAUUUUUAUCUAAUAUUUUAACAGAAUCAUGAGAAAUAUUGACAGUGGUAACAAAACAAAUAUUAUAUUAAGUAUAUGUGAACAUACAAAAUGUUAAGAUUAUAAAAUGUGUUACUAUGACAACUGGGAGAAAAUUAUUCAAGAUGGAUACAGAUAUAGAUGAUGUAGAGGAGAGGGAUCAUUUACUGACAGAUGAUAAUAUAGAUAAUAGUGAUGAGCCUGUUUCCUAUGAGGCAGCGUUAAAGACAAUAGGUUAUGGAAAGUUUCACAUUAUAUUGCUGGCAUUGUGUGGAUGGGCAGUGUCCAGUGAUGCCAUUGAAGUACUUUCAGUGUCCUUCAUGCUGCCGUCUGCUCAAUGUGACCUCAAAUUAUCCUCCGAGGACAAGGGAUGGCUCAAUGCUAUCAUAUUUGUAGGUAUGAUGGUAGGCGGUUAUUUUUGGGGCUCAAUGGCGGACAAGUUUGGGCGUCGUUCUGUGUUGAUGGGCUCACUGACAGUAAAUGGGCUGGGUGGUUUGGUGUCAAGUACAUCUCAAGUGUUCUGGCUGUUUCUUAUAAUGAGGUUUAUAAGUGGUGUGGGUGUUGGUGGAAGCAUACCUGUGAUAUUUUCCUAUUUUACGGAGUUUCUUCCUAAACAGCGAAGGGGAACCAUGAUAAGUGCAUUAGCCACAUUCUGGAUGAUGGGGAAUAUAAUAGCUGCUGGGCUGGCCUGGGCAGUAAUUCCACAUCCAGAACUUGGAUUUUUUUCUGAGAAGUUCACAUACAACAGUUGGAGGAUUUUUGUAGCAAUCUGUACAAUACCUAGCCUUACAUCAGCAGCAAUGUUUGCCUUUAUGCCAGAGAGUCCAAAAUUUUUCCUUACUAUGGGCAAGGAGAGAAAAGCAUUAGACAGUUUAAGAACAGUUUAUAGAGUAAAUGGUAGAAGUGGACCACUGCAGAUAUCACGAUUAAUAUUAACAAAAGAUAAAGACGGUAUAGUUCAAUUGGAGGAUUCUAUAGAAGAAAAAUCAACUUUUAGAGAAGGUGCGAGACAUUUACUUCAUCAAACUCAGGAAUUAUUUGGUAGAACUUUAUUGAGGACAACUGUCAUCAUGAUAGUUAUUAACUUCACUUUGAGUUUCGGAUAUUAUGGGUUAUGGAUGUGGUUCCCAGAGAUUUUUUCAAGAGUUGAGAAGUACGGGGGCUCGCCUUGUAGUCAUCCAACAAUAAAUACAACAUCUUCUAAUGAUACAACAACAUGCAAUGGCAUUCCCAAUGAUUGGGUGUUCUUUGAAGGCUUUAUGACAGCAUUAUCAAAUCUUCCAGGAAAUAUACUUACCAUUUUAAUAAUGGAUAAAGUAGGCAGAAAACCACUUCUAGCAACAAGUAUGGUGUUAGCAGGUGUGACUGUAUUUUUUCUACCUAUUGUUCACAGUAAAGUUCAAAAUUUACUCAUAUCUUGCGCAUUUGGUGCGGUAACUACAGUUGGCUGGAAUGCUAUAGAUGUCCUGCAGGCAGAACUUUUUCCUACAGCUGUCAGGUCAACAGCAUUUGGUUUACAGUCUGGAGUAGGUCGGAUUGCUGCCAUCCUCGGGAAUGUUUCUUUCGGGAGUUUAGUGGAUGUCCAUUGUGCUGUGCCGAUGAUUAUGGUAUCAGUUUUAUUGACUAUUGGAGGGUUGACGGCCAUCAAGCUGCCUAAUACAACAGGGAAAGAUAUCCAUUGAUGGAUGCUGUUUUUCUUGGCAGGAUAAUACACUCGAUCAAACCCAAUCCAAUUCUUAUUGUUAAACUUUUUUGUUUCAAAAAUGAUAUUUAUCAAGUUAAAUAUUUUUUUUAUAUAUUGAUUACAGAUUUGUCUGUGAUACUAUGUUUUAUUGUAUGCCAUAAUUAUACAUACAGCUUCUCAUGUUUUCUACACAUUAUGUUAUUUUCAAUUUUGGUUUUGCGAAAUCACUAUAAGAAGCGUUAUUUAAAGAUGUUUUGGCUUGUAGCUUCACACCUGUCUUCAGGAAUUCAGAAUGGUAAACAAUUGUCAAGGAUCCAAUUCUAGUAUGGACUUCUAUGAAAUUUUACCUGUUUAUGACUUGACAAACUUACGGUUUUGCCUGCAAGUUCUAUCUCUAUAAAUUUUGAAGACACUACUUUGGUGUCAUUUUUAUUUUAGGUCAUUAUUAAAGACAUAGCUUAAGCAUUGAUUUUAAUGAAUAAUACCUCUAUAUGAAUUAAGAAAAUACAUUAUUGUAUAAUUCCACUGCUACAAUCUCUGAUGGUAUUUACUUGAAAUUAUACAAAAGUUUUUUGUUUUUUUUUUUGUUUUUGUUUUUUUAAAUUAAAUGUAGGUCAUUGUCCAUGACUAAACAUUUUUAGUGUAGAUUUCUACUGGGUGUUUAUAUUGGGUUUAUUUUAAGGGUACAUGAAACUGUGAAAGAAGUAGAGUUUGUAUAAUGAUGACAGAAAGUUUUUUAUCCUGCUACUGUCUUUAUCAUCAGCUGGAUAAAGCCUUGCCGGAUAAACUUGUCUAUCUCCAGUCAUUACGUCACAUGAUGAUGUCACAUGUUUAACAGCAAAACAAAACUGCAUAUAGAUGCUAUUUUAUCGUGGAAAAAGAAGAAUGAAACCAUUUGAUUAUUCUAAAAACAUGAACUAAGCAGGAUAAAUCAAAUACUUGGUUGAUGUCGGUAUGGAGAAGGUUUAUCCCGUUCGCUGCGAAAGUGAAUCAUGGCUCGCUAAAGCUCGCCAAGAUACACUUCUGACACCGGAUAAACCUUCUUCAUCCCGACAUCAAUCAUAUAUUUUCUAUAUUUAAACAAUAUAAUUAUGUCAACUAAAUUUUAUGAUACUUAACAUGUAUGUUAUCAUUUCAAAUUAUAAUAAAAAUUAAACUGUUUUUUCCAACAAUGUUAAGUUGGACAAUUUGUAUUUGUGUAUUAUUCAUAAUGACUUGUUAUCAAUUUAGAAUUUGGAUCUGUUAAAUGAAAUAAAUAUUAGGGAAUCUCUUGCUAGCUCCAUAUUACUAUGUUUAUGUUUUAAUAUUAAAGUUGUAGAGAUUAAAAUGAAAAGUAAUCAUUUGAUUUAUUUGCUGUAAAUAAUGCAAGAACUUACAAGCUCAUUUAUAUAUAUUACAUUUUUUAUACCAGUUAAUAUUUUGCUAAAUAUACUGUGUAUGCAACAUGUGAAAGCAGGAAAAUUAGCAUUGCAUACAUGUGAAAGUUGUAUCAGGCAUAAUGUUGCUGACGUGAUCAUCACUUUAUAUAAUGGUCAUAAUAAUAAUAUAAGGAAGUAUAAUAUAAUAAAACGUUCAUCUGAAGACUGUCUUGAUAUAAACUUGUAUAUGGCACUUAUGUACCUCAUUAUACCAGAUCACACUUAUCACACUUCAUUUGUUGUGUAAACCAGUUCCUGAGGUAAUAAAAAUAUUCUCUAAGCUUGGUCAGAAACUGCCACAGUAUGUACUUUGACCAGUGAAAUUCGUAAGAUUUAAAUUAGAACUUAGAAAAAAAAAAGAUUUAAAUUGCCAAGGCCAGUUCUAGCAAAAUCAAUUUGAGAUAAAUACAAGAUCUAGAUCGAAACACUUGUUUCAUUAACUUGCUAUAUAACCUGUAUGAUAAUAUUUGUAAAAAGUUGUCAAAAGCUAUAUUGUGUUGAUGGUAAAUUUCAAUGUAGACUAUUGAUAAUAUAAUGUAGAUGCUUAUACAUGUGUAUGUUAAUUUAUAAUUCAAAAUUCUUUUAAUACUUAUAGCACUUUAUAAUUGUAUAAACAUACUUAUUUAAGCUCAGUUUUAAAAAAGCUCCUGCAAUUUGUAUUUUUCACAUUUGAGUUUGUCGCUUCAGUUUGUUUUACCAGCUAAAGAAAACAAUGCUUUUAAAUUCAAGGAACUAAGACUAUGAUAUUCAUUAUUUCAGGCUGGCUAUUUGAGCAUACUACAGUGUCAUAUCUAUUUUACAUAUACUGGUAUAACAUUAUUAGAUAUGAUAAUGCAUAAAUAAUACAAAUGAAUUUUUAUCAUUUAUUAUUGUGUGGCAUACCAC